UCAAUUUAGAUUCAGAUUUUUUGUUUAUUUCUGAUAUCACGAUAUGUAUAGUAUAGUGUUCUUUCAAGAAAUGUAGCCUAGUGUUUUUGCGAAUUUUACCUUCAACAUUCAGGCAUUUUUUUUAAUCGUUUCUAGUUUCUAGAUUAUUAAAUUUGAGUGCCUCAUCCCUAAACAGAACAAUCUAAAUAUGAAGUCAUAUUUUAUUUUUAUCAAUUAUUAGCCAAUAAUUGAUUUGUUUUUAUUGACAGCUGCUGAUUCUCUUUACAGUUUUACCAAAUUAAGAUUGCAAUACAGAACGAACAAUAAAAUUAGCUUCAUAAGUUUAAAUACAUUUCCAACAAAAUGUCGUUCACUGAAUUAGUUUCUAUUUGGUUGUUUUAUCACCUUCACGUUAUUAUUACAAUAUCUGGAAACCAGAAAAUUAGCUCUUAACAUUCUCCUCUUCCUUCUUUUUUUCUUUGUUAAUAACUGAGUAUCUUGAUUCAACAUUUUAUUUGGGAGCACAAAAAGUAUAGGCCAUAGAGUUUGAAAUCAAAAUGCUUUCAAAGAAAUCUAAAACAAUCGCUCUUAAUCGAGUCGAAAAGAAUAAUCACAUUUCUUUUCGAUUUUGAUUUCUCUCAUUCUAGUAUUCAGAAAAAAGAAGAAAAAGAAUAAGCAUACAAAUAGCUUUUUCAUCAUUCUUUUUCUUAGGAACUGUUUUGAUUUGGUUUGGCAAUUUGUUUAUGUCAAACUACAAAAUGAAGGGUCUCUUCAAGGGUCUUAGAUACAUUUCUCAAAUCUUCGAAAACGAGAAAGAGCCAGAGAUGCAAAUUGGAACACCUACAGAUGUAAAACAUGUUGCUCACAUUGGUUGGGAUGGAGGAUCUCCCAAUCAAAACUCACCGAGCUGGAUGAAUGAUUUCAAUGCAUCCGGUGGAUAUUCAUCGUCGCCUCUAGGAAAUAUCAAGGAGGAUGGCUCUUGCAUUUCUGAAGAUUCAACUCGAUCACGUGAUAUACCAAGAUAUCCAAAAUCGUCGAGAGACCGUUCGAACAAUUUGGAAUCACCAGCAAAAGAACGAACACGACGUGGUUCUUCGAACUCUAGUGGGAAUCCAAAAACUUCACGAAGAUCAAAAGAAUCUUCAAGUAUAUCUCAAGAUGGUUCUGUAAGAUCUCGUCGUAAAAAGUCUAAAGAUUCCGUGAACGGUGGAUCUACACGAUCGUCGCGGAGAGCACGUGAUUCUCAGACAGAAUCUAUAAGUGGUUCAAUGUCUGAUGGAGAAUCAUUGAUAUCACUCUCCUUUGAAGAUCUUUAAGGACACGUAAUGUAAAAGUGUGGUCUCAAAAUAUCAUAUACAGCUUUGGUUGGUUACUAGAGGACAUUCAAGCUUGCAUGGGGUUUUCGGAUUUUGUAGAGAAAAAAUAUGAUUUGUCAUUAUAUAAUCAACCGAGGUGAUCAACUGAGUCCGGAUGUGGAUUUCUGUUGAGUUAUUAUUAUCACUAAUUUCACAAAGAUAUAAAUAUAUAAUCAUGCUCAAUUGCUCAUGAUGUUUUAGAACAAAGUUUACGCUAUUUAAAAGGUUUACUUUUGGUUUUUAAUAAUUUAAAUUUUAAAUAUUCGUGUAGUUAAAGUCUUUAAAAGAUGAUGAACUAGAGAAUACAUUGUCAACUGGCAUUUUAAAAUAAGUUUUAACCUGCCUUCAUGCGAAUUUAUUCCAAAACCAACCGGACCGGCUAAAUAAACUGAGUGCUAAUGUGGCGUUUCCUCCAUGGUUUAUAAUUUCGACUAAUUUAUGAGAUGGAUGGCUGAUAUUUGCAAAACAGAGGAUGUAAAAUAAAAUCUCAGCUCAGAAGAGAUAGCAAGCUCCACCUAAAGGUGUUCUAUUGUUGAUUAGCUCCUGAAUCCAUUUUUCCUUGCUUAUAUUCUUAUCAGCAUGGUUUAUAACUGUUCCAUUGUUCGUUUUACCAUAACAAGAGUUUGCUGAAACAAUUGCAACAAACUGAACUAUUCAAAAAUACUUUCUGUAGUCCUGAGGGUUACCUCGCGAGGCUAAAGUAAACUCCACAAAACAAGUA